AUCCUUUUAAUAAAUACCAGCUGGGCUUUUCACUUUUGUUGGAGUAGCCCCAAUCCUCGAGCGCUCCGUCGUCUCCACUCUGAAGGCGCGGGCUCUCGUGCCCUAUCGACCGUUGAAAUCGAUGUUCGUUUGCGACCUGUGGAUCCUUCUUUGAAUUGUUCUGCAGCAGAGGUCGAAGAAGAGGAGUGGGGUGAUUAGAGAUUGAAGGAGACUCACACUCUGUACUAUGUCAUGCGAUUAUUACAUACACAUGAGAAGGGCAAUACAAUUGAAGGACAUUGUUCCUGCAGCAACCAACACUGUCAACACACAAUUUAUACUGCUGGAGAAAGGAAGCAUUGCUCAGGAUGGGAAAGAGAUGACUUGCCUAGCACUAGUAGCUGACGCGACUGCAUCAGUUCACUUCCAGAUGUGGGGAAGUGAGUGCAAGACCUUUGAGCCCGGCAACAUCAUUCACCUCGCUGAUGGAAUAUUCUCUUACCACAAGAACAAUCUGGUGCUCAGGGCUGGCAAGAGAGGCAAAGCUGAGAAGGUUGGUGAAUUCACCAUGCUGUUUGUGGAGACCCCUAACAUGAGCGAGAUCCGGGGGGCGCGCGAUCCUAACAAUCCGAAGAAGUUUGUGCAAGAAGCUACUGUAUCGCCACACUCCAAGAUCUUUACUCCCUCAAGAUAACACCCCCGUAGAUGUUCUUGCUCAAGAAUUCAGAUUGGAUAUUUUGUGCGUUCUUCCAAAGUAGUGUUAAGAAUGGUGGUGGAUUAGAGCAAACAAGAAAUCUAUAGGCCUCAAAAUAUUAUUUAACUUGUGGUAGCUUUGUUACAGAGUGAAAAAAAACUUUAGCAACUAGUGGAGAAGUUCCCUUCAAAACGAUAAUUCUUACUAGCAGUAUUGAAAAAACUCCUAGAUCAUCUGGAAAGUCAGCUUCUCAUA